CGCUCAAGCAUGAGGACGAGUGAUGCGGUUAGUACAACUCUAAAGGGCCAAUUCAGUAACCGGUACAUAUGUACAUUGAGGCAUUUGUCCGGGGAAAUGUUGAGCUUUUUCCCUUGUCAUUUGAUGUCAUCUGUUGUGCCUCUUGUUCCCCCAUGAGGGCCAAAAAAUUCUAGUAUAAAAGGUUGGAGAUAGUCCACUUGUCUUGUUUUAGAAGGGGUCCUCGCUUGGGCUUCUUUUGUUUUUUCGGUGUAGUUUGCUCUGUCCAUCAGCAAGUCAAAUUGAUCAAUUGAAUACAAUGCCAAUCACAGUCGGUAUCAACGGUUUUGGCCGUAUCGGACGUCUUGUCCUUAGAAACAUUCUCACGGACCCAAAGAACGAGAACAUCAACAUGGUUGCCAUCAACAACCCAUCCACUGAUACUGAGUACGCUGCGUACCUGUUCAAGUACGACUCCACACACGGUAAGUUCCCAGGUACCGUGGAGCACGAUGAUGAGGCUCUUAUCAUUAACGGUAAGAGAGUGCUGCUCUACAGAGAGACCGACCCGGUGAACAUUCCUUGGGGUGAGUUGGGAGUUGAUUACGUUAUCGAAUCAACAGGUGUUUUCAAAGAGCUGGAUUCUGCGCAGAAGCACAUCAUUGGCGGUGCUAAGAAGGUUAUCAUUACUGCUCCUUCCAAGACUGCCCCAAUGUUCGUCGUUGGAGUUAACGAGAGCGAGUACAAGCCAGAGAUGACCAUUGUCUCUAACGCUUCUUGUACGACGAACUGUUUGGCUCCUUUGGUCAAAGUCAUUAACGACAAGUUUGAGAUCUUGGAUGCGUUGAUGACAACGGUUCACUCAGCCACUGCCUCUCAAAAGUUGGUUGACGGUACCUCAAGAAAGGACUGGAGAGGUGGUCGUUCUGCCCCAGGUAACAUCAUUCCUUCUUCAACAGGUGCUGCGAAGGCUGUUGCUGCUGUUAUCCCACAACUCAAGGGGAAAAUCACAGGUAUCUCUCUCAGAGUUCCAACGAUAAAUAUCUCCAUCGUGGAUCUUACAGUCCGUGUCAACAAGGCAACGUCAUACGACGAGAUCAAACAAACUAUCAAAGAAGCCGCAGAGGGUAAGCUCAAGGGUGUGUUGGGUUACACUGAUGAAUUCGUUGUGAGUUCAGACUUCACAAGUGACUCAAGAUCAUCCAUCUUUGAUGCAAAGGCUGGUUUGGAGUUGAACCCUCACUUCUUCAAGUUGCUUGCUUGGUACGAUAACGAGUACGGGUACUCUGCAAGAGUUGUUGAUCUUCUUCAACACAUCUCUCAAGUAUCAGCUAACGCUUAACUUCAACGUCAACAUAUUCGGUUAUAGUUUUAAAUCACCAAAUAGCAUGCAUUUAUAACACUUUAGUGAUGUUUCAUUCCAGUGAAU